GCGCUAGUCUCGGGCACACCAUUACCGCAAGGACAACAACACAUGUAUAAUGUAGAUAAGUCUAGCGCUAAUUUGGAAGAACCUAGGUCUAAAUCUAGCAUUGAUUUUGAAAGAAAAAUGCCUAACAUUAAAGUUUUUUCUGGAACUUCUCAUCCUGAAUUAACACAGAAGAUAUGUUCCAGGUUAGGUUUGGAACCAGGAAAAGUUAUUACAAAAAAAUUUAGCAACGGUGAAUGUUGUGUUGAAAUAGGUGAGUCUGUCAGAGGCGAGGAUGUUUUUAUUGUUCAGAGUGGUUGCAAAGAGGUAAAUGACAUGUUGAUGGAACUAUUGAUUAUGAUUAAUGCUUGCAAGAUUGCGUCUGCCAGCAGAGUCACAGCUGUCAUCCCAUGUUUUCCAUAUGCAAGACAGGAUAAAAAAGACAAGAGUCGAGCACCUAUUUCUGCUAAACUUGUGGCCAAUAUGUUAUCAACAUCUGGGGCUGACCACAUUAUCACCAUGGACUUGCAUGCGUCACAAAUUCAGGGGUUCUUUGAUAUCCCUGUUGAUAACUUGUAUGCCGAGCCUGCAGUAUUGAAAUGGAUAAAGGAGAACAUCACUGACUGGCGAAACUGUACCAUAGUCUCACCAGAUGCAGGUGGAGCCAAAAGAGUGACAGCGAUCGCUGAUAGGUUAAAUGUAGACUUUGCUUUGAUCCACAAAGAAAGGAAGAAAGCUAAUGAGGUGGCAGCUAUGGUUCUAGUUGGCGACGUGAAAGACAAGAUAGCAAUUUUGGUGGAUGACAUGGCUGACACAUGUGGAACAAUAUGUCAUGCAGCUGAAAAAUUACUGGAAGCAGGUGCCCUUAAAGUCUAUGCCAUCUGCACACAUGGGAUUUUCUCAGGACCAGCAAUAUCUCGCAUCAACAAUUCCUCUUUUGAAGCAGUGGUUGUGACAAACACAAUACCACAAGACCAGCGUAUGAAAGAUGCCCCCAAGAUACAGUGCCAAGAUAUCUCAAUAAUAUUAGCCGAGGCCAUCAGACGUACACAUAACGGGGAGUCAGUGUCCUACUUGUUCAGUAAUGUUCCUAUGUAAAGUGUUGGCGGGAAACAAAAUUUUAUUAUUUUCAUAAAACUAUUUUUAUAUCAGAAUUUUUUUUAUUAUUAGAAAAAAAAUGUAAAAAAAAAAUGGAGAUAUUCAAAAACAUUCUUUUAUGAUAUAGGCAUUAGUUUGUUCAACUUUUUUUUUGUUUACAAUAAAAUCUACAAUGUUUUAAUUCUUAUUACUAUUGCUCAGUUUAUUGUUUUGAUGUCAGCAAAGAAAAGAAUUGUGUAGUGUCUCUUAAACAGCAGACGUCUGCUUGUUUUGUUAGAAUGUUUAUUGAGACUAGAUGUUCUCUUAAUACUUGUAUAGUGUGUUUUUGUGAAUAGAAAACUUUCUAAGGUUCUUGCUUAAUGGUCAGUGUUCACGACUUCUCUGUGUUCUAGAGAUUAAGAACAAGCCCUUUGAGAUUAUUUCUGAUGGGCUGAAUGCAAGUGGCAGAACAAAAUAAAAAGAGUAGUUAAAGAGUACUAAAGGGUCGUGGAAGUUUUCAACAGUUGCUGUUUUCAAUUCAACCUUUCUGACUUAUUAUUAUUUUUUUUUAUUGUAAUAGUUUUUAGUUGGCGUUUUAGUUCUACUGUGCUCUUGAUGCCUCUUUCUGAGACAAAGAUUAAAUUGCUUAAUAAAGUUAUGCCCACAGUUACUGAAAAAAGGAAAAAAAAAAUCACCCUAAUUAACAAAACAAUGUUCAUCUCCAAUCACUCUGCAUCAAUGUUACCCCCUCCCUCCUUUCUAAUCUUGUGACAUAUCCCUAAACUAUUACCCCCCCCCCCCCCCCUUUGUCACUCCACCAUGACAGAGAAUUACUUCAUUCACCCUCUUGAGAAAUGAGUUGUUAUCCUAAAGGACAAGAUAUUUCUACACCACUCAUUAUUACAUGUAUUUUCCCAAAGAGAAUGUCUAUUUUUGUUAAUAUCAAAAGAGUAUAUGUGUGUAUAGAAACUAAUCCUAUUUUUCAGAUCCACUAGAUUCUCUGAGAAGGGUACAUUACUCUCUUGUGGCAUUGGGUUACUUUGGUUACUGGCAAAUAGCUUUAUUAUAAACAUAUGCUAUACUAAUCAUUUGUCAUGCUUUCAUUUUUUUUUUGUUUUUUGCAAUCUUAUUAGUGGCUUGAGUUUUGAAUAAUAAUACUAUUCUACCUUGUUGAUGAAUCUACAUAUUUGAAAUAGCAUUUAAGUUACAAGUACACUAUUGGCCACCUCCCAUGUCUCAGAAAGGCAGGUGUUCUGCUUUGGUUCGGAAGUACACUUCUUGCUGGCGGAGAGACAGCACUGUUACUACAUCCAUGGAAAUAGAACUAUUGUGAGGUAGUUACAGAAAUGAACACUGUUUUGCUGGAAUAGAACCUAAGAGAAUCACCCAAACCAUGAUUUUAAUUUUAAGAAAGAGUUGUUGGUUCAAGUUGGUUGUCUCCCCUAUCCAGUCAUGUUGAGGCCAUCCAUUUCUAUUUCGAGCUAGGGUUCAGAGAGUGACUUGGAGCUCCAGGCUCACUUUAUGUGCUGGUCUCUUUAUUAUUUUUUUUUUUCAACACUAAGAGGAAAUAGUUCAACAGUGGCGUCGCUGGGGGUGCGCAUUGGGUGACGCCCAUCUGUGAGCGACGCAAACGUAUUAAAAUGUCCUGAUGAAUACUUUACAGCUGUGUAAAUAAUCGUUGAAUGCAAAGCAAUGGCCUCUUUAUAUUAAGCUUCGAUACAAAGAGUUGACUAAUGACAGAUUUGAGUGGAAAUUUUAUUUGGAGGUGAGCGAUGGGGGUGACCCUAUUGGCUAAUAAAAUAGCAGUGGUAGAUACCUAACCUAGCGACGCCUCUGAAUAAUAAUCUUCUCUUUUUAGAAAAAAAAUUGACCAUAAGCAUAAAUAUUUGUAUUAUUUGAUCUGUAUGUAUGUGUAUGUGUGGACAUUUCUAUUUGCGUUUUGUUGAUUUUUGGAGACAAUCAUGUUUAAAAAAACAAAAAUUUUUUGUGUGUACCAGAAUAUAUCAAACUGAUCAGCUAACAAAUCAAAAGACAUUUCAGUUUCCAAAUGUUUUGAUUGUUGAAACAUAAGCAUAUAUAUAUAUAUACAGGGCUUUUUUUGUGACGGUACGCACCGGUAUGGCGUACCGGCUCGGUUUUGAAAAAAUUAUUACUUUUCUUUUAUUUUUAACGUAUAUUGUUAAUUUUUAGUUGUUAAAAGUUAGGCAAUCAACUACUGAGUACCAGCAACUAAUCACUGAGUACUGGAACUCACUGUAUAUAUAUAUAUAACUUGUUUUUUUUUUCAAAGAAAAGUUAAAAUUCUUUAAGAAAAAAAUGCAGAUUACAAAUGUUUAAUGUUUUUGUUUUUUUUUUUAUCUCGGACAAAUAUUGAAAAGAACUUUUGUUUAUUUUUUUGUUUCAUUAAAUAUUGUGUUACCGUACCGUAGAUUCUUGUUGGAAAUACACCUUUUUAAAGGACCAGCAGCAGACAAUCUCCUUGACCUUUCACUACCCGGUACUUGCCAACUUUUUCCUGUUUUUUUUUUAAAGGAAUUUACGAUUAGUGUUAUAGUAGACAGUCCUUACUCGUAAGUGCAAACUAAACAUUAAAACACAUAAGCUGACAGUAUCACGUAAACUUUCGCUUUAAAGACAAAGUAAAUCAAAGGUCAAUAUAGACAAAGGAGAUUAAUCUGAUUUAUUCGUAUUUUUAUCGACUUGUCGCUCUGUUCCUGUAUUUGAAUACGUCAACAAAUACCACAUGAAACUGUCCAUUAUUCUUACAGCCCAGCUAUUGGUCUUCGAAUCUCAGUUGUCUUUGCAUUGGUGUGUCUUCUUCGUGACGAGAAGAUUACUUCUGAAAAAUGAAAAUCUCUGCGGCCUCCACAGUUGUAAUAGAAUUAUUUUUUUUUUUACAAAAAUCUGGACAUUGUGCGUGCACUAAUAAUGUGCAGUGGUUAGGGUUAGCAAUAGGUAACGAGCACUCUAGUAGACACAAUCCAAUAUCAUUUGGAUGGUAUAAACUAUCAACUAUUGAACUGGAUCGCUGCAUGGUCGCGUGGUAGUCGCUUCAGACUGUCGUCACGGUGGUUCUGAGAUUGAACCGUUCUCGCUUCCCUCCCCUUUCGUCCUCCAGGAGGUCUGCUUAGAACCUAACAAUCUUCAAUGCACGUCUGAAAGUAAUAAUAAUAAAAAACCUACCACUGGUACUUGGCGCUAUUCUAUCGUUUCUUAACCCUAAUCUAUGACAACUGAGUUAAAAAAAAAAGUUUAAUUUAUUGAAAAAUUAGGACUUCCUUACAGAUUCAGCAUAAACAAUUCUACAUGAUUUUAAUUUCCCUUCUAACGAUUUAGCUGAUGUAGUUGACAACUGAGAUUCUGAAAUAGAGGUUUUGAGUUAGAGCAUACAAUUUCUAAUGCUAACUGAACAAUUCUUUUGACCUCAUCAACUUGGACCUCUAAGCCUCCAAAAUGGUCCGUUGUAAUAUAUUACAACCCUAUGUCCUAUUUUAAUACUCAUUACAUUGUUUUGGUAGAUUCAUUGAAAGUCUACCAAAUAUAGCUUUACAAAGUUUUUAGCAUACUGGAAAGAUUAUUCAAUGCAUCUUGGUCAUACGAGUUUUUUCCCACUGGUAAAGAAAUGGCCACAAUAUAGUUGGCCAAUGAAAUCACUUGUCUUAUGUAGUUAUUACAGUGCAUACUUUGUGUUCAUGUUUGUUUCUUUCAAUGAAUCCAUGUAUAUUAUUUUCAAAUGAAGAUCUCAAAAUUGUUAUUUACAAACUGGUUCAAAUGUCAUUCUACACGUGUAGUGCGAUGUACAGGAUACAACCAAAUGUGUUUGUUUUUUGAAUGAGUUAUUACCAGACUUCUUCUGACGAUGUACUCAGAAAUUUCUAUUGCACAAACUAACAAAAAUUACAUGCAAAUAAAAACAAUUGUAUUAAAAUGUUAA